AGAAAAUGUACAAUCCUUAAUCCAAUGACCUCCUUGAUGACACUUGUAGCACUUGUAAUUAGGAGGCACUGGUCCCAUUUGAUUUGCACCUCUUAUCUUCUGGAGCAUCUAGACUGGACAAAUCUGUUGCUUUUGUUAUGGGUCCUCCUUCAUCCAAUUUAGCUGGUGGGGUAUUGUCGCCACUAUACCCUUCCCACUGUUUCUGCUUUUGAGCAAUCACUGGUAUCCGAGCUAUGAGCAGGGAGGUGUUCUUUGGAAUGAGAACAUUCUCAUCUUGAUAUACUGGAAAGAAGG